AUGAGUCAUUCGAAUCUUACGCGAACAGGCAUAAGUCGCGAUUGUGGCUACGACGGUGACAUGCUAGAACGUCAAUUACGUGAUCGGUUUGCAACGGGUCUCAACCAUCCCCGACUUGAAGUGGAAUUGAAACAAAGGUGGCCAGAGCUAAAAACAUUCGAUGAUAUUGAAGGCAUAGAAAACGAAGUGUCGUUCGCGGAAGUUUUCAAAAUAGCGCUAUCAAGAGAGUUGGCGGAAAAAGACAUUGUAGAAAGUGAAUGCGCGGAAGUGAAAAAGAUAGUAAAACGUCGUUCGAAAAUCGGUAAGCGGAUCCGAAUUUUAAGAUGUGGUGCGCGUGAAAGACAUUCAAAAGACAAUUGCAAGGCGGCGAAUCACAAUUGUGAAGCGUGUGGCAAACGUGGACAUUACGGGUCGUGCUGUAUAAGAAAAGGCAGAGCUAAAUUGAUCGCGAGAAACAAAAAGAAACAACAGCGUAUUUACAACGUAAAAAAUAGUGAUACAUCUAUUUCGAGUUGUGAGCAAGUUUUUAAAGUAAUGAGUGCCAUUGCUAAGAAAAGAAACAUUGACGUUAAGAUAAACGGUGUCACGUGUACGAUGGACUGGGAUCCGGGCGCGUCAGUUUCCAUUAUAAGUACAGAUUUUUGGAAACAGAUCGGAUCACCAACGCUUAAAGGGAAGCCAAAACUACGGGCUUAUGGCAAUUUCGAUUUACCUUGCCAAGGGGAAGCUACAGUGACAGUGACGCUGAACAAGCGAACGCGAUCUUUGAAAGUAGUCGUGGUGGACAACGCGAAUCCAAUGUUAUUUGGCUUAGAGUGGAAUGAAGCCUUCAAUUUGCCACUGCCCGAACCAGUGUACAACGUAGAUCGUGUCAACAACCACGUGCAGCCGACAACGAAACCACUGCAUCAGAAGUUAAAUGACAUAUUGGAAGAGAACAAGCAGCUAUUCGAAGAAGGACUGGGAAAAAUAAAUAACUACCAAAGUAAAAUUCACGUAAAGGAAACAGCAACACCAAUACAUAUUCCAGCCAGGCCAGUCCGAUUCGGAAUUCAAAAAAGCGUGGAAUUCGAACUUGAAAGGUUACAGCAGCUUGGAAUUAUCUCACCUGUUGACCCCAACGAAACACCGAUCGAAUGGGCAACACCCACUGUCAACGUGGUUAAACGAAACGGAAAUAUACGUAUUUGUGGUGAUUUUCGUGUUACACUGAAUCCAGCACUAGUAACAAUACGACAUCCAGUACCAACAUUCGAAAACAUCCGUCAGCAGCUUGCCAAGGGUGAGAAGUACACGAAAUUAGAUCUACGCGAUGCCUAUCUACAAUUCGAGAUUAGUCCAGAGUCAAGAAAAUACCUAAUCAUAUCCACACACAAAGGUUAUUUUCAGUAUAACCGUAUGACUCCUGGUAUAUCGAGUGCACCCGGAACAUUUCAAAAUUAUAUGGAAAAUCUACUUGCUGGCAUACCCAACGUUGCAACCUAUUUCGACGAUAUAGGCAUUACAGGUCCAGAUGAAGAUAGCCAUCUAAGAUCAUUAAGAGAAGUUUUUAAACGUCUGCGUGAAGCUGGGUUUCGUAUCGAAAAGAACAAAUGUAGCUUUUUUCAAGACAGUAUCGACUAUUUGGGCCAUCAAUUCAACCGAAAAGGGAUCUAUCCAGUGGAAAACAAGCUGAUAGCAAUCAAAAAUGCUGCAAUACCCACUAACAAGAAGGAGUUACGAUCUUUUCUGGGAUUGGUCAAUUUUUACGAGAAAUUCAUACCCAACUUACAUGGAGCAUGUUCCGAACUACACGCAUUAACUGGUACAAAGUCACAAUGGCGAUGGUCAAUAAAGGAACAGAAACAAUUUGAUAAUGUCAGACAUAUGAUAGCUAGCGCCCGUCAUCUAACUCCUUACGAUCACACAAAACCGCUUUAUUUGGCAACAGACGCAUCCGAUGUAGGCCUUGGUGCUGUUUUAUAUCAUCAGGACGAGGCUAACAACGAGUUACCUAUCGCCUACGCGUCACGAAAAUUGAACGAAGCAGAACAAAAAUACGCUACCAUUGACAAGGAGGCAUUAGCAAUAUUUUUCGCCGUGAAGAAAUUUGAUCCAUAUUUACGUGGGACAAAGUUUACAUUAAUUACGGAUCACAAGCCGCUUCAACACCUGUUGGGAGACAAACGAAAUUUGCAAAAAAUCGUAAACAACCGUCUGACGAGAUGGGCACUAAUGUUAGGUGCAUACAAUUACGAUAUACAGUAUCGUCAAGGCAAAUACAAUAUUCUAGCUGAUUGCUUAUCACGCUUACCAAACGCACAUGAAGCAAUUUCGGAGGAAGCGCAGAAGAUUCAUAAAAUUUAUGCGGUAAUUCAAACACGGAAGCUUGAUGAUAUUGUACUAACAGAACAGGAACUUAGGAAGCAGACGAAACAUAACCUAAUAUUACGACGAGUAAUUGAGUUAAUUGAGCGUCACUGGCCAGACACGAAGUGUAUCAACAACGAGCUGAAACCAUACUACGACAAACGGGAGAAACUAUCAUACGAAAACGGUACUUUGAUGUGGCAAGGACGAACUAUCGUGUCCGAUAAUCUUCAAGAAGUAACAUUGAGGCAUCUUCAUAGAGGGCAUCCAGGCAUUGGCUCUAUGCGUGCGUUAGCGAGGUAUUAUGUAUGGUGGCCGAACAUCGACAAGGACGUGGAACAUACAGUGAAAUCAUGCAUGGCAUGUCAACGGCAACGCCCAAAACAAUCUGAACUGCCAAUCUACUUUUGGUCCCUGCCAGAGCAUUGUUGGCAACGACUGCAUGUGGACUUUGCAGGUCCCUUCGAAGGAAAAAUGUGGAUUGUGCUUGUUGAUGCUUUAUCAAAGUGGGUAGAAGCAGAUGUACUUUAUGCUGCAACCACAAGAACUUUGUGCGAAUUCCUAGAGGAGAAGUUUAUAACAUUUGGUUAUCCGGAAAUUAUCGUGUCGGAUAAUGGUAGUCAAUUUACGUCAGAAGAGUUUCGAAAUUAUUGUCAAAGUCAUGGAAUAAAACAUGUAACGUCUUCACCGUACCAUCCGAAAACCAACGGACUAGCCGAACGAUUCGUACGAACAUUCAAGGAGCGCAUGAAAGCCAGUGAAUAUGAUGGUUUAUCACAACGUCAGCGCUUGCGCACAUUUCUAUUUACAUAUCGAAACACACCACACUCCUUUACAGGGAAGGCACCAUCUGAAUUUUUGCUAGGUCGACGCCUGCGAACUUUAUUUGACAAUCUGAAGCCUAAUGUACGGCGAGAGAUGCAUUUUAAACAUGUAAAACAAAAUCUUCAAGCAGAGCAGUCUAACAGAGAGUUCCAACCAGCACAACCAGUAUUCGUAAAGACAGACAUCGAGAAAAUGUGGGAACCAGCCAACAUAGUCGAAAGAACAAAUCGAUAUUCCUACCGUGUUCGAACAAAGGACGGUGUAGCAAGAACACGACAUGCAGAUCAUAUCCGAGAACGGAGGGUAAUACCACCAUCAAUCGACUUCCGGGAUGUUUCAGAUUUUAAGCGAAACAGUUUCCAUUACCAAUCUGCAAGCCCGACAGCAAAUGAUGAACAGGAACAUCAGCAGUUUAUGCAGCCCGCUAUACCGUCGCAUGAAAACGGAAACAUGAGUGAACAAGGACAACACACCGAAGCACAACAAAUUGAACAUCCAGUACGGCGACGCCAACGGCUAAGAAAUCGACCCAAGAGACUAGUCGAAGAGAUGUAA